UCCCGCGCUUGCGCACCCCUAUAGCGCCUGGUGGUUGCGGCUGGUUCGCCGCCGGGUAUGUGAAGGGGGUAGACCUGUGUGGACCUAGCUGUUCCCCGUGCGACUCGUCACCAUGAGCAGCACCUUAGCCAAGAUCGCGGAGAUCGAAGCCGAGAUGGCUCGGACUCAAAAGAACAAGGCCACAGCACACCACCUAGGGCUGCUUAAGGCUCGCCUUGCUAAGCUUCGCAGGGAACUCAUUACUCCAAAAGGUGGUGGUGGUGGUGGGCCAGGAGAAGGAUUUGAUGUUGCCAAGACAGGUGAUGCUCGGAUUGGGUUUGUGGGUUUUCCAUCUGUGGGGAAGUCAACAUUGCUCAGUAACCUGGCGGGGGUAUAUUCUGAGGUGGCAGCCUAUGAGUUCACUACUCUGACCACAGUGCCUGGUGUCAUCAGAUAUAAAGGUGCCAAGAUCCAGCUUCUGGAUCUCCCCGGUAUCAUUGAAGGUGCCAAGGAUGGGAAAGGUAGAGGCCGUCAAGUCAUUGCAGUGGCCAGAACAUGUAACUUGAUCUUGAUUGUUCUGGAUGUCCUGAAACCUUUGGGACAUAAGAAGAUAAUUGAAAAUGAGCUGGAAGGCUUUGGCAUUCGCUUGAACAGCAAACCUCCCAACAUUGGCUUUAAGAAGAAGGAUAAGGGAGGCAUUAAUCUCACGACUACGUGCCCUCAGAGUGUGGAUGCUGAAACUGUAAAGAGCAUUCUGGCUGAAUACAAAAUCCAUAAUGCUGAUGUGACCUCUGCGUGUGAUGCCACAGCAGAUGACCUCAUUGAUGUGGUGGAAGGAACAAGAGUUUAUAUCCCUUGUAUCUAUGUGUUAAAUAAGAUCGAUCAGAUCUCCAUUGAGGAAUUGGAUAUCAUCUAUAAGGUGCCUCACUGUGUACCCAUCUCUGCCCAUCACCGCUGGAAUUUUGAUGACCUCUUGGAAAAGAUCUGGGAUUAUCUGAAACUAGUGAGGAUUUACACCAAACCCAAAGGCCAGUUGCCAGAUUACACAUCCCCCGUGGUGUUGCCUUACUCCAGGACCACGGUGGAGGAUUUCUGCAUGAAGAUUCACAAAAAUCUUAUCAAGGAAUUUAAAUACGCUCUGGUGUGGGGUCUUUCUGUGAAACACAAUCCUCAAAAAGUGGGUAAAGACCAUACGUUGGAGGACGAGGAUGUCAUUCAGAUUGUGAAGAAGUGAAACCUUCCCCUUCCCCAUCUGCCGGGCCAAUCACAGCAGCUUUCCUCAUGACCAAGCACCCAUCCCCAAGCCCUUUCUGGCUUUGACAGCCAUUGGAUCAGGAUACAGGGGAGGGAGAUGGAGGCACCCAAAUUGGAACUUCCCUUGUCUUAACUUGGUGUCACCUUGUAUAUGAAACUGCAUAAAGGACCUGGUAGGCCAGCUGACUAUGUACAGUUAA